AUGAGCAUAUGUGAAAGGAAAAUAUUGUAUACAACUUUCAUAUCUGAGUUAAGCAAACAAAAUGGAAACAAUCCAGAGGAUGUUGGUGCGGAACAAAAUCCAGUGGAAUCCACUGAGAACCAAGAAGAAGAAAACACUUUUGAUGCCAGUAUGUCUGCCAAACUUGCAAAAGGAGCUGCUAAAAAAGUUGUAAGAAAUCCUCAACCAAAACUAGAUCCUCAAAGAUUGUCAAGUGAGAGAGGAAUUGCAAUUUUACCAAAAUUAUUUGAGAAUGUAAAAUUUAAAGGAAAAGGAUAUGAAGCACAAGAUUUAGAAAAAGUGAUAAAAGGUUUAGAACACUGGGCACAUCGUCUUUUCCCAAAGAGAACAUUUGAUGAAUGUUUACAGACAAUUGAGAAACUUGGAAAUCGACGGGAAGUGAAGACUUGUAUUAAAAAGAUCCGGUUGGACAUGCCUGUGCUUGAUGAGGAUUUUGUAUCAAAGCCAGAAGAAGUGAUCAGAAAUUCAGAAGAUAUUGGGGAUUUGGAUGAAAUUACUGAAGCAGAACAUGCAUUUGAUAAAAUGAUGCAAACACCUACAUCGUCACAGUUUACGUCACUUUCCAGUUCACCUGGCAACCUUCUACCAUCGUCGCAACCAAAUUGUAGUAGCAAAUCAAAAACAGUGAGUCAAACACUUUCCAACACUUGUUCUUAUAUAUUUCACAAUUACUUGAAAGGUUUAUUUUGGAAAACGGAAAAGACAAACGUCAGAAGCAACCAUAAUAUGCAUAGAACAACGUAA